UGGCUUCGACCCGCUGAGAGAAAUAUUCAUAAAUUGGGGCUUACGUGUCGGCCUACAAAGUCCUCGGUGUCUUCCCGCUCUCAUCUCCCCACUCGCCUGAGUUCUCCCCCUUCUGUCGUCUUCCGUUCGAGCACGACGGGACGGCAUCCAAUGGCCAUUGGCUCUACCGACAUGCCACGGCUCCGUGGGGAAUGCCUGCGCUGCUAUUCUUGACAGGUCUGGGCCAGUUAAUAUGGGCGACCUCAGCCGGCAGUGCGCAAGCCUACCUAGGGCGAGCCUUCUCGUUCUGCCGGUUUAAUGACUUGCCCUCCACUGGCCCAACCUCUUCCCACCUGCUCCCAACACUCCGACAGCAUCUGUUGGAUCGGCACCCUCUACAUUGCAGAUCAUUACCAGGUUUUGCUAAUUCGGUACAGGAGUCGCUUGCCAAACCUGAACGAACGAUUUCAGCACGGCACGCCGAACCAUCUUAAGUCCGAUGUCGCCCAAUAGUUCGGGCCUUGCGGCGCGCUUGCCGCUCACACACGCCGUCGCGGACAU